AUGGUUCACCCGGAAUCACCUCCACCGACCGAUAGGUCAGGGUCCGUCGUCCACCACCCCGAGUUACACGGGUCUAGCACCAUAACGGUCUCGAGUGAUAAUGAGCUUCAUUCAACGUCUUCGAUGAAUACAGGCCGUGAAGGCCCCGACUUUGCGCCUUUAUCCCCCGACAACUUGUCCCCCGUCUCCAUCCAGGAUGUGACGUAUAAAGAGCACGAUGCUGCCGCUGUACCAUCUUUGCAGAUCCGCACCGAUAUCUCGAGUGCUCACCAUUCGAGCCCUCAUCGGCUGAGCCCGCAUAGAGAGGCCGACUUGUUUGUCCACCAUAGUACCUCUGCAAGCAGCCUUCCGCAUCGUACGCCAAGUCUACGGGCUUUGAUGGCUGGACCAAGUCAUAGUGGGGGUUCCCUAUCUCCAGCUUCUCUUUUGUCUUCUCCUCAACUAAUAGCCAUGGGAGAUAUUACACCUUUGCCGUCGCCUAUUGGAGGCGCUUCGCCAUGGAAACUUCCGCCGCGUCGUAAUUCGCAGUCGUUAUCCCGGACUUCUUCGAUCGCCUCCAGGACUGGUUCGAGCCUAAGUAUGCGGCCCAGCGACCCAUCGCAGUUGUCAUUGUCCGGAACCUCGGAAUCUCGAUCUCGCGGCAAAACUUCUGGAACCACGGAUAAACCUAGUACUGAGAAAACCUUGGACACGCCGGUGGCCCCAAAGCAUGCGCGCAAUCGUAGUUUAAGUGAGUAUGUUCCACCAGGUCGAAGUGUUCCGAUUAAGCCUCGCCCCGUUGCUGUUUCCGGAACUGGUCUCUCUCAAGGGAUUGUUUCCUCUUCCAGCACGGAUUCAAAAUCGAAUAACCUGCACCGGGAGCAAUACUUGGCCAUCCAUCGCGGUAUCGCUUUACCGACGGUUCGCCCACCGUCUCCUCCACGAAGCAGUGGGUACGGCAUUGACGACAACAAACCGGUCCUCAUCCAGUCAUCUGGUACACAGGGCGCAGAUGAAAUCUACUCGGUGCGCUCUAUUCGGACCCAGCAGCCACGACUGUAUCGUAAGCUCCGACAGCUUGGACACGGGACAUUCAGCCAGGUUUCUCUAGCUGUUCGUAUAGAGCUCGAAGGAACUGGCGACUCUGGGCACGGUCAUCCCGCAACCCAGAAAUUAGUUGCAAUCAAAAUUAUCGACCACGGACCGGCAGGUGGAGCUGACGAGGAGCGGUUGGAGGUGUCCCUCAAGCGCGAAGUCGAAAUUCUGAAGACCCUGAACCACCCAUCACUCGUGCAACUGAAGGCCUUUGGCAGCGACGAAAAGCGUGCCCUUCUAGUUCUGGACUACUGUCCGGGCGGCGACCUGUUCGAAGUCGUUUCGCACAACACUAGACCCAUGUCACCCGGUCUCAUCCGCCGUAUAUUUGCGGAGCUAGUGGCAGCUGUACGCCACUUGCAUGAGAACUACGUGGUCCAUCGUGAUAUUAAACUCGAGAACGUUCUUGUGAAUCUCCCUGCAGAAUCUUUGCAGAAGAUCACUGAUUGGCGCACUUAUGACCGUGCCAUAAUAACCCUCAGUGACCUGGGUCUCUCUAGACGUAUACCUGAACCCCCUGAGAGCCCUCUUCUCCAAACCAGAUGCGGAAGUGAAGACUAUGCAGCACCAGAAAUUCUUAUGGGGCAACCGUACGAUGGACGGUCCACCGAUGGCUGGGCGCUUGGAGUCUUGCUGUACGCUAUGAUGGAGAGCAGGCUUCCCUUCGAUGCAUUGCCAGGAACUCGGGGUGACCCCGCUAAACUUCGAGCUCGAACCCCACACCGCAUCGCCCGGUGUGAAUGGUCCUGGUAUCGGUAUGCUGACAGUGACGGUGAAUGGGAUCCCGAGAAGGGCCGCCAACUCGAGGGUGCCCGGGAGUGUGUCGAGUUACUUUUGAAGCGAAAUACGAAACGCAAAGGCCUUGACGAGAUCGCGGCUAUGGAGUGGGUGAAGGGCGCGAUUGAUGUUCCUGGUGGACUGAAGCGAGGCGACAAAGAAGUCCCCUAG